UCCACACGCAUACUGUUUAUUAGAAAAGAAAUUUUCCUUCUUGAGAAUCGUUAAUCACUGCUUAAACGCCGAACUUUUUUCUUCGAUACUUGGAUCGUGUACAUGUCUCUAUGGAGCAAUUAAUUCUAUGUUUUGUCUUUCUUGCAACUCAUUUGGUCUUCUGUGAAGACGACUGCCGAAUGCUUCGAUUUUCAAGCCCAGUGGAAGGUGCAGCUCUGCAAAAGCACGUCAUUAAAAGGAUAGCGCUAGAUUCGGAGCAUUCUUGUCGAGUUCAUUGUUAUUUAGAGAACACAUGCGUCUCAUACAACUUUGGAAAACGUGCUUCGGGUGAAGACGUCUGUGAAUUAAAUAACGCUACACAUACUGAACACCCUUCUGACCUUAAAACGACAUCGAAUUUCAUCUACCGUGGAUCUGAGAACUUCUGCAGUUCCAUGCCCUGUAGGAAUCGUGGUACAUGUCUGUCAGGAUUUUCACCCCACGGUUACCGCUGCCUUUGCAACGAUGGAUUCACUGGGCUAUGGUGUGAGAUAGAUAUAAACGAGUGUGCGAGUAACCCUUGUCGCAAUGGAGGAAAGUGCAGUGACCUCGCCAACGGAUUCAAGUGUGAUUGUCCAACUGGAUUUGGUGGGUUUCAAUGUGAAACAGUUAUACCCGAAUGUUCUCAGUACAAGUUUCUCAGCGAUUACGAUCGACACCGGAAUUAUUACAACAUCUAUGGCAGGAAAUGUGACAACGAUCUAACAGAAGACUGGUACCGUUUCUAUGGCCAGGCUGGAACUGUGAUGGCUUCCAGCUGUGUCCCCACUCACAAAUGCCAUACAGACUUAACGGGAUGGAUGAAAGGAAGUCUUCCGACAGUUGACGAGGGCGUCGUUUUGAGAAAAGUUUGUUUUCAUGGAUUUGGCAUUUGCUGUCAUAGAGACGUUGAGAUAAAUGUAAGAAAUUGUGGGCCCUUUUACGUAUACAGGCUGAAGAAGCUAACUUUUUGUAACUCACGAUACUGUGGAAGUAAUUAGAUUUCUUGGAGCUGAGGAUCAAUCACGGUUCAGCUUCGAAGUCUAAACUUGAUAACUGAUACGAUUUUCCUCUAACGCGUACAUUGUUAGAGAGACUCGGGAGGCCAUUGUUGUUACUAGCCAACUUUGUAUAGGAUUGACGGUAAAACAUUCCAUAAACGUAAGCCAAAAAACUGACUAAAUAACGUUAUUCAAGAUGCAGUUUUAAUCUCGGAUGCAAUGAAGACUUGCAUUUUGUGAAAACGGGCUUAACAUGCUAUUCCUAAGACUGUAUCGGCAUCUAUUUCAAGCAAGACAGGCUGAAGGUUAAAAGCUAAUCCCUCUUUAAGGAAUUUCGCCAAUUAAUGUGAACCCUCUGGAGGUAUUUUUAAACAGGGUACCCAGUUCUUAAGUGGAUAAUGUUGCCACGCUGUGUGAAAUACGUGAAAAUCCGUUUUUGUUGUCUACAUAAGCAAAAUGCGCGUAACACAUAUGGCUAUGUUUAAGUCCUGCUGGGAUUUGUUAAACUGGGCUUGAUCUAAAAAUAGCUUGAUGGGAACUAAGUCCUAUACGAGGGAAUAACUCUCUUAGCCUUUAUUGUCUCUUGAUUUGAACCCAUUGUUAAAAUAAGUUAAUUAAGUUUGUAGAUGCUUUAAUCGAACUGAAAUGCAAGCAGUAAUUCAAGCAGUAAUUCCAGCAUUACAUACCUUCUGGAAGAAUAAUCAAAGUCAAAUUAGUGAAAAUAUCAAUUCUUCUUAAAAAUAGCCAAUCACAUCAUGUUCUCUCCAAGGCCGUGUCGGCUGAGAGUAACAGGAGACUCCAGGGGACAAGAUUGGAUUCAUGAAAAAAAGAACUCAACAUCCUUAAUGUCCCGUCCACACUACGAGCGAAAAAUUUUGAAACG